UUAUAGCACUUCCGUGAAGGCAAGCUUCAGGUCGCUUUGGAUGGGAUAAUGAACGGAGCAAUGGCAAUGGCACCAAUGUCCCAGAACAAUGCGGAGCCACCUAACAAGAAACCUAGAGUUGAAGGAAAUGCAUCAGAGUUCUUGCCAGGCCCUAUAUAUGAUCUUAAUCAAAUCGGACAAGUUGUUGCGGGACCUGGAGCUAAAUAUCUUACGUUACCUGGCAUUCUAGGUGCAGGUCUUCCAAAAGUUACGUCUGAACAGCAGGAUACAGUAAAUAGAGCAAAGAAAUAUGCAAUGGAACAAAGCAUCAAAAUGGUUUUAAUGAAACAAACUCUCGCGCAUCAACAACAGCAAAUGGCUAGUCAACGGAAUCAGGUGCAGAGACAGCAGGCUCUCGCCCUCAUGUGCAGGGUAUAUGUGGGCAGCAUCAGUUUCGAAUUGAAAGAGGACACGAUUAGGCAAGCUUUCUUGCCUUUUGGUCCUAUAAAAUCAAUCAACAUGUCGUGGGAUCCUGUUACUCAGAAGCACAAAGGAUUUGCGUUCGUCGAAUACGAGAUACCUGAAGCGGCACAACUUGCUUUGGAACAGAUGAAUGGUGUCAUGAUUGGUGGACGUAACAUCAAGGUUGUGGGGCGUCCAUCGAACAUGCCCCAAGCUCAAUCUGUAAUAGAUGAAAUUACCGAAGAAAGUAAACAUUAUAAUCGCAUUUACAUCGCGUCUAUUCAUCAAGAUUUGACCGAGGAUGAUAUUAAAUCAGUAUUCGAAGCAUUUGGUCCUAUUACGUAUUGCAAAUUAGCACAAGGUAGCUCACCCCACCGUCAUAAAGGUUAUGGUUUCAUUGAAUAUGAAACAAUGCAAGCUGCAUUGGAAGCUAUCGCGUCAAUGAAUUUGUUCGAUUUGGGCGGUCAAUACUUGCGAGUAGGCAGAGCUAUCACUCCACCGAAUGCUCUUAUGGGUCCACCGAGUGGAACCAGUAUGAUGCCUACCGCAGCUGCAGUUGCAGCGGCUGCAGCAACUGCAAAAAUUCAAGCAAUGGAUGCGGUAGCUAGUAAUGCCGUAGCUCUAGGGUUGACCAAACUCGGUGCUGCUGCUCCCCCGAUACUCAAUCAAGCCUUGCCUGGUAUCGUGAGGCCUACUCUUGCCCCGGCGACAAUGAUGGCACCGCCGACUAUAGCAACAGUAGCACCAGUUAUUCCUCCACCUGGUAUAGCUAUACCACAAACUUUAACUCGACCACCAGCAAUUAUUCAACCUAUACCCGGUCAACCGGUUGUCAUACCACCACCAGCUGUCGUCGCGCCUACAAUAGUGGGAACUCCAGUUAUACCGGUCACGACCACAACGAAUUCCGAUAUAAUGAGACGGGCACAAGAACAAGCGGCUCAUCAGAAACAACAGGAGGAACUGCAGAAAAAGUUAUUGGAGGAAACGGAACCGCAAACACUGCAACAACAGGAGAACAUGUCGAUCAAAGGGCAAAGCGCGCGUCAUCUCGUCAUGCAGAAACUUAUGCGGAAAGUUGAAUCACGGGUUGUCAUUCUGCGAAACAUGGUAGCACCCGAAGAUGUCGAUGAAAGUUUACAGGAAGAGAUUCAGGACGAAUGCUCGAAAUUCGGUGUUGUAGAAAGAGUUAUUAUUUAUAAUGAGCGGCAAUCUGAGGACGAUGAAGAUGCAGAAGUUAUCGUGAAGAUUUUCGUCGAAUUCUCGCAAAUGAGCGAAGCGGAACGCGCGAGGGAUUCUUUGAACGGUCGCUAUUUUGGUGGACGAUUGGUGAAGGGAGAAUUAUAUGAUCAAGCUCUAUUCGACAAUAGCGAUUUUUCAGGUUGAUCGUACAACAUACACUUUUUGUGUAUCGAAUUGUUUCAACUUCUUUCAAGUGAAAGAAUUUGUAUCUGCUGUUGACUGAUGUUUCGUGGUUCAACGCACCCGAAGUACUGCUUCUUACAAACUUUUGGAAUUAUAGUCCGUCUUUUCGUUAAAAAGUGCAGACUUGGAGUUUAAU